AUGCUCCCAAAGAAAUAACACUAAAAAACAUAAUCAACAGAGUUAUCAAAUCAGGCAUUAAUGAAUUAUUUAUCAACUAGAGAAGCUCUAAAUAUUAGAAUGUCGAAUUCUCCAACAUUUUAAUUGGAGUAAAAAGUAUAAAUUAUUGUACUCAAAAAAGAAAUAAAUUGGUCCUCAAUAAAGUCCUUUGUUGAAAUCAAAUAGUUCUUAACCAAACCUAAAAAUAUCACAAUAACAGUAAUUAAACACAAUAUUUAGAUAAAAUUCAAGAAAAAUAUAAUAAUAAAAUGUGCUUAAAUAGAGAGGGUUCAUGUCACCCAAAAUAGUUAGUUAAGAAAAAAUUACUUAGAAAAUAUAAGUUAAUAGUAAUGGAAAUCAUAUGAAAACACAACCUUAAUCUCAUUAAAAUUCUUAAACAAAAAUUAAAUCCAUAGAUAAUAUAUUAGAUGAAUAUCCGAUUACAUGUAAAGAAAUAUAGUUAAUAUUUCAAAGCACCAAAACAACUAUUUUAAUAAGAUAUUCUAAAAGCAAUACCAAUCUCUGGAUCUAGUAAAGCAGAUUAAAAUUUAAAAUAAAAAGCUUCAUAAGCAAUUUAAGAAAUAAAAUAAAAAUAAUCAAUAGAUCUUGUAUCUAGAUUGAAUUUUCAAAAAUCUUCAGCUAUAUAGAGUGCAAAAAAUUAAUUACAAUAAGUACCAACCUUAGGAUAAUUAGAAGGUUAAUUAAAAGUUCAUUAAAAAUCAAAUAGUGCAUAAUUUAUUGAAACAUAAAAAUUUUAAACUCAUGCUAGUUCUUAACCUUUAAUAGAAUUUACAUCUGAUAAAAAAAAACCAAUUACUACUAGGUAUAUAAUAAAAUAAUAAAAAUAGGAAAUAUUAAUAAGAAUUCAUAACAAUAAUAGUUUAAUAUAAAUAAUUUAAAUAAAAAAUGACAAUUGAUAUUUCGACAAAUAAUAUAUCUUGGCUUUUAGAAACAAUAAAAUAAGAAAUAAUGAAUAAUUUUGGAAAUUCAUAUUAACCUAUAAUUGGGAUAAAAACAGGGAAUAUUUCAAUACCAGUAGAUUAUAUACUUUCCAAAAUUGAAAGACCUUUAUCUCUAUUAUCAAAUUGUCCUGUAUAACCUUUAAUUAUUGAACCAUUUUUAAAUGUUGAAUAAGAAUUGAAAUAAUGUAAAGUUAGUUUGAAAGAUUUUGAAUUUAUUAGAUGUAUUGGUGUAGGAGGAUUCUCUAAAGUUUAUUUAGUUAGAGAAAAAAAGACAGGCUUAUUUUAUGCUAUGAAACUUAUUGAAAAAAAGCCUAUCAUGUAAUAAAAUAAAUAAAAUAUUAUAUAAAAUGAGAGAGAUAUUAUGUUUAAUUUAAAUCAUCCCUUUAUUGUUAAAAUGUAAUAUGCAUUUGAGUCUAGAAGAUAUUUAGUUUUCGUAUUAGAAUAUUGUUCUGGAGGAGAAUUAUUUUAUCUUCUUAGAAAAGUAUUUAUAUUCAAUAAAUAAAGGUUAAAAGAAUGAGUGAAGAAGAAGCAUUUUUUUAUUUUGCAGAAAUCUGUUUGGGAAUGAAGAAUUUACAUGAUAAUAAUAUAAUUUAUAGAGAUAUCAAACCUGAAAAUAUUUUAAUAGAUUUUGAUGGUCAUGUUAGAAUUGCUGAUUUUGGUUUAUCUAAACCUCAUAUGGAAAAUGAAGAUGUAGCUUAUUCAUUUUGUGGAUCACCUGAAUAUAUGGCUCCUGAAAUGUUAUUAAAAUAAGGUCAUACAUUUUAAUUGGAUCUUUAUUGUUUAGGAGCCUUAUUAUAUGAAUUAAUAACUGGUUUACCACCUUUUUAUUCAAGGAAUACUGAUGAAAUAUAUUAGAAAAUACUUAAUUAAAAAUUAAGUUUUCCUUCUUAAAUACCAAUGUCAUCACUCUUAAAAGAUUUAUUAAGUAAUUUAUUAGCUAAAACACCUAAAAAAAGAAUAGAUAAUAUUGAUUCAUUAUUAAAACAUCCAUGGAUGACUUAAUGGAGUGAGAAAAAUCUGUAUAAAGAUUUAUUAUUGAAGAAAAUUGAACCACCUUUUAAACCUGAUUUUUUUUCAUUUAAUUUUGAUGAGGAAGAAUUUGGAAAAGGAGAAAAUGAAUUUCUAUCACAAAUCAGACCAUUAUAAUUAAAUUUAUUAGAAAAUUUUCCUAAAGAAAUUUUACUUAAAAAUUUUUAUUAUAAUCAUAACGAAUGUAAUUUUGCUGAAAGUACUGGUGGUACUAAUCAAAAUGCAAAAUUACAAGAAGAAUAACAAUAGUAAGGAACUUAAAGAUAAAAAUCAAAAAGACUUAAUACAUUUGAUGAUGAAAAUACAAAUUUUGUAAAUGAAUAAAAAGUUUUCUUACUAAAUUAAUUGAGACUAUAAACAGAGAAUGAAAUAAAAAGAAAAUCUGCAUUAUGA